ACUCGACAGAAGGAGGAGGAGGAGGAGGAGUGUGAGAGGUGGGGAAGAGAGAGAGAAAGAAACGGGGGAUAUUACGGGCAGCAGGAGGACAUCCCGGCACCGAUGAACACUCCCGAGGAACUUCUGACAGCCUGACAGAUUAUUUACCCCCAGAUUUUUCCAUCUUUCUUGUCGGUUUUUUGUGCGCGCCGGCUGCAGGGGAGGAGAUGCGGUGAUAUCAUGCGCACAGCCGGCCGGGGAGAGAGAAAGGGAGACCGAGAGAGAGACGGGGAGGAGGAGGAGGAGGAGGAGAGGCGGCUGCCACCAGGCCAGCUGAGGAUGCUUGUUGUUUCUAGAAAUCAUCGCCGGGUCGAGCGCCGCUGAUCCAUCCCGCUCCGUGCGUACCGAGCUGCGGCUGUCCCGAACCAGGGGCGCGUUUCUGCUGUCUGGCCCGGUCUGCCCCGAGGCUGUUUGAUGCUCUCUCUCCCCCCUCCACCUCCACCUCCUCUCUUCCUCUAUUUCCUGAUGCAGGGCCGGGGAGGGGGUGAGCCAAAGUGUGCACCGGAUAUUGGAAAACCCAUUCUUCUUGCUGAUGCUGUUGUGAUAAUAGAUGAUUAUCUGGACAACGCCGCAUCUGCACAGGGAGGAACAUCCUGACCGAACCAGGCCUGAUUUGACAAGAAGAAGAAGAAAAAAAAGAAGGGGAAUGUAUGAGCUCUGGAGGAUUAUGAAAACAUUUUUGGAACGGGGGUCCCUGAUAUCGAUCUGAGAAUGGAUUCAAUCAGGACUUAGGAUAUUUGAGACUGUGCUCUUACAGAAAUCAAUGUGUGGCAAAUGUAGCCUUCCUGUCCGGGUCUGAAUGAGAUCUUUCUUCGCUGCUCCGCUUCUUUUGGGGGCCAGCUGCAUAAGCUACACAGGAUCAAUCAGCUUUAAACUACUCUUAUUUAUAGCAGGGGUUGAUGCUGUGGACAUCUCCCAGAACUGGCACCGGUGAAACCUCACACAUCCCCUCUUCUCUAUCGUUUUUCCUUUUCUACCUUCCCUGUGAAUGAUGCUGCUUUCUGUGCUGUGGUAAAGAGGAAAUAAGUGGAGAAGACUUUUUGAAUUGUAGGCCUUACAGAGUUGAAACUGGGCCGGUUCUCACUCCCAGCAGCACGGAACCCGAGCGCAUGACAAACAAGUGCAUGGGAGUAGCCUGCAGGGCCCGGCUUUAGAUCACGACCAGUCCUCCUCCUCUCCUCUCCUCUCCUCUCCUCUCCUCUCCUCUCCUCUCCUCUCCUCUCCGCUCCUCUCCUCUCCUCUCCUCUCCUCUCCUCUCCUCUCCUCUCCUCUCCUUUAAGCCUUAUAGCCGCCUGUGAUGUGCGUUUACGCAUUACGCACGGACCGGGACCGAGCACUAUCUUGAUCUGCCUUGCACCAGGAAUAGAAUUUCACCUUUGGGAAGGAUGAGCAGCAAGGAGCUCACCGUGGGCCAGUCCAGCCAGUACGUGGGCCCCUACCGGCUGGAGAAGACCCUCGGGAAGGGACAGACAGGACUGGUGAAGUUGGGUGUCCACUGUAUAACGGGGCAGAAGGUGGCCAUAAAGAUCGUGAACAGGGAGAAACUGUCUGAAUCCGUUCUAAUGAAGGUGGAGAGAGAAAUAGCUAUUCUUAAACUAAUAGAACACCCUCAUGUUCUGAAGCUGCAUGAUGUCUAUGAGAAUAACAAAUACCUGUACCUGGUGUUGGAGCAUGUGUCUGGCGGGGAGUUAUUCGACUACCUGGUGAAGAAGGGCAGGCUAAUGCCCAAGGAGGCCAGGAAAUUCUUCAGACAAAUCAUCUCUGCACUCGACUUCUGCCAUAACCACUCCAUAUGUCACAGAGACCUGAAGCCAGAAAAUCUUCUCCUGGAUGAGAAGAAUAACAUCAGGAUAGCAGACUUUGGCAUGGCCUCGCUACAAGUCGGGGACAGUCUGCUGGAAACUAGCUGUGGAUCUCCACAUUAUGCUUGCCCAGAGGUCAUACGAGGGGAGAAGUAUGACGGUCGCAGGGCAGACGUUUGGAGUUGUGGAGUCAUCCUCUUUGCUCUUCUUGUGGGUGCCUUGCCCUUUGACCACGACAACUUGCGGCAGCUGCUGGAGAAAGUGAAGAGCGGAGUUUUUCACAUGCCACACUUUAUACCUCCUGACUGCCAAGCUUUGCUCAAAGGAAUGAUAGAAGUCAACCCUGACAAGAGACUCACGCUAGAAGCAAUACAGAAACACGCCUGGUACCAGAGUGGUCGUAACGAGCCUUGCCCAGAGCAGCCUCCCCCUCGCCGGGUCUGCGUGAAGAGGAUCCUGUCAUUAACAGAUCUGGACCCCGAUGUCCUGGAAAGCAUGUACUCUUUAGGGUGCUUCAGAGACCGGGUCAAACUCACACAGGACCUUACAAGUGAGGAGGAGAACCAGGAGAAGAUGAUCUACUACCUCCUGUUGGACAGGAAGGAGCGAUACCCCAGCUGUGAGGAUGAGGAUCUGCCACCCAGGAAUGACGUUGACCCACCCAGGAAGCGCGUCGACUCCCCCAUGCUGACCCGUCAUGGCCGCUGUCGUCCAGAGAGGAAGAGCUUGGAGGUCAUCAGUGUCACAGAACAGGGGUCUCCCACCCCGCCUCGCAGGGCCCUGGACACCAACGCACACAGCCAGAGGUCUCGCUCAGUCAGCGGAGCGUCCACAGGUCUGUCCUCCAGUCCUCUCAGCAGUCCCAGGAGCCCGGUCUUCACUUUCAGCCAAUCAGAAGUCACCUCCACCUCCACUUCCUCUUCCAAAGAGCCCAAACCGGGAAGUGCCACCACCCCUCGGCCUGCCCGCCCAGCGCCCGACCCAAAAACCCAGACCUUGCCCUCUAAGGGCCCCGCCGAGCGGCCCCAGCUCCACUCCAUGAAGUCCCUCCCUCUCCAGACGCCACGCUCGCCCUCCCCUUCCCCCUCCCCCCUCCUCUCCCCCAUCCCACGCUUCUUCAACUUCCCCUCCCCGUUCACCUUCAAGUCAAAGAACGCCCACUCGUCCGCUAACUCCUCUCCCACCCCUCCUCCUGUGUCGCAGGUCACGCCGCAGGGCUCGCCGCUGCCCACCCCGCUGGGCACGCCCGUGCACCAAAUCCAACACCCUUCCUCCACCACCCCUCCCUCCUCUUCCUCCUCAUCUUCUUCUUCCAGAGCGGACGGAGCCGGCGGGGCCUCGCUGUCGUUAACCCCGCCCUCCAGCCCGGGCGGCAGCGGCGGUAUGGCUGCGUCGAGCUCCGCCCACUGGAGAACGAGGCUCAACUCGUUCAAAAACAACCUGCUGGGCUCCCCUCGGUUCCACCGGCGCAAACUGCAAGUCCCUACAUCAGAAGACAUGUCCAGUUUGACUCCAGAGUCCAGUCCAGAACUGGCUAAGCGGUCCUGGUUCGGUAACUUCAUCAGCCUGGAGAAAGAGGAGCAAAUCUUUGUUUUGAUAAGAGACAAGCCGCUCAGCUCCAUCAAGGCCGACAUCGUUCACGCCUUUCUUUCUAUCCCAUCCCUCAGCCACAGUGUGGUGUCACAGAACAGUUUCCGGGCAGAGUACAAGUCCUCCGGUGGCCCCUCUGUCUUCCAGAAGCCUGUCAAGUUCCAAGUGGACAUUGCUUUCUCAGAGGGCGAGAGGGAGCGAGAGAGGGAACGAGCCGAGAGAGAAGGGAGGAGAGAGAUGGGCAUCUACAGCGUGACCUUUACUUUAAUAACAGGUCCCAGUCGCAGAUUUAAGAGAGUAGUAGAAACCAUUCAAGCUCAGCUGCUGAGUACUCAUGAUCAGCCUUCUGUGCAGGCACUGGCUGAUGAGAAGAACGGCCAGCUUUCCCGCCAGCCCAGCACUCCGUCGCGUCAGAACUCCCGGCGCUCCGAAAGCGGAUCGGAUCGGGAGCGGCUGGAGAAGGAGAACGCGGCGGACGGAGGCAGCAGCAGUAGCGGGAACAGCAGCGGGACCGUCCUACAAAGACGAGGGUCGGGCAAAGACAAGACCAGACUCCUGUCGUCAUCCAACGGGACGCAGUCUCACCCAUGAAAAGAAUGUCGUGGAAGAGAAGCGAGGGUCGUCCGCCUGGCCUUUUUCUCUUCCUCCCCUCAGUCCUUCCCACAUUCUUUCCUUCCCUAUUUCCUUACUUCCUGCCUUGCUUCAUACUUUUAAUACAAGGCAAUGGGAUGGAAGAGGAGGGGGAAGCUUUUUCCUCGGAGCUGAUCUAGGGAUACGAUGGAUAAUUCCCCAAAAAAUGGCUGAUUUUAGCAGAAAUGUGUAUGUGUGGAGGCAGGUUUAGCUGGUCACUAGUCAGACCUCAAGGGCAGCUUUACCUGGGAAGGAUGAGCCUCAAGAAUAAAACUAGAGGAAAAGCUCACAGCCGGGGAAACACCAAGUUCACCCACUCCAGCAGAUCAAGAAAGCACACAACGUUCCCACCAACCAACCACAUGCAACGACCUCAACAGGAAACCUCCCGUCAAUCAGUCAGAACGGCUCGGGAGGAUGGUGGCCAGUGACGGAAGGCAUCAUGGCAUCUUCAUUUCUCAUUUCUUGACCGGCCAGCUGUCACCGGAAGUCUCCUCAACAUCAGCAGACGUGAUUGGAAGCCUGCUCUCGACUCUUCUUCUCACCUUCUAAUUGAGGGCAACUCGAGCAAAACGACAAAACGAGGACGUCUAGUAAGAAAGGACGGGAAAUAUAAGAAGAGUCUUGAUUGUUAAAGUGGAUUAAUUAAUGUUGUGCUUUAACAAUCAAAGAAAGAAAUCAAAGAGUCUGAAAGCAGAGGAGGAAAUGACGGAGAAUGAGUGAUGUUGACGUAAGACAAACACAGCUUUUCUUUGAGUGUAUGAGAAGCCCCGCAGUUCUUUCUGGAUUACACUGAUAAAGCUAUGAUACCGUAUUGCCUUUAAUGGAGGAGUAAAAGUGGAUAGCUAGUAGAUUUAGCCCCAUUUCUUGGACACUAUUCACACCACAGGUAGAUUCCCUCAUCAGUGAAAACGCCCGCUGGGAGAGAGAGAGAGAGAGAGGCGGAUAUAUAGGAGGUAAAACUGAGGAAAGCUAGCAGCAGGUCUCCAUUUGGUAGCAAAGGAGGGAGAAAAGAAGAACAAGUCGCCUCGUAGUUUCACUUAGAGAUGAAAAUGAAAGUCAGUCUUGUUAAGGGAUGGGUCAGGGGUUUUUCUAGUCUGACUUUUACAACGUUCAUAUGCCAUAUACACAAUGAGUUAAUGGUUACUGGAGGUUUUCCUUUUCUACAUGCUGACUGUGGAGUCACACGUUACAAAAAUGACUCAAAAAAUAACCCAAGAAACAAUCAAAUCACUUUAAAUGUCAUUGUACAGUGACAAUUACGAUAAGAACUAAAAACAAACAGGAAACAUGUAGUUCAAGAUAGGCGGCAGAAUCCUCGUUCUAUGCAUUAAAAGCUAUUUGAGGCUUUAGCAGUCGGAAUAACACUCAAUAAAUCCCUCUGCAAACACCAGUUAGCUUUGGUACAGCAGGUUUGUCAGACUUGAUGCUCUCUUGAUAAAUACGCUUUUUCAACAUGAGCAUAUUUAAGACCACUCUAAAGCUUCUUGUCAUUAGAAAUUUUCAUUUUCAGCCACCUCAUGGCACUAGCGUUGGCUUAAUUAGCUUUCUAGUGCUGUUGAUCUCAUUCAUAAGUGACAAGUAGAAACCUCUGGAGCUGAAAAUGUAGAAGGGCCAAAACCGAUGCAGCUCCUCGAAUGUCCACUUGAGGCUGGUUCCAUGAGAGAGUCAAUGUCUGUAGACCUCCAUGUUAAAAUGAUCAACUUUACAGCAGAAAUAACCAUGUUUACAGUCUGGUACUAAGCCGGUUUGGGUCUCUAUAGCUCUGUUUGCACAGGAUUAGUAUUACCCCGGGACCAGUGGUGAUUUGUAGUAAUUGUGGAGGAUGUCUGUGAUCUUAAUCCCGUGCGAAUGCGUCAUGUCUGUCUGUAAUUUGUAAAGUAAAAAUUACCUACCAUAUUUCACCAAACACCAACGUCCUGUGAUAAUACUAGUCCUGUGCAAAUCUGCAUCUCAGUGAUUUUUUUUUUUUUUAUUGCGCACCUUUUUCUAUCUCUUUCACAGUUGAAUUAUGGAGGCUGCGGUGGAAAUUAUUGACAGCAUUUUAGGUGCAAAUACAGGAGUAGACCAUUCACAGAAACGGCAAAAUCAGAUCAACAGGAAGAGGGAAAUUUAGGAGGAUAUAGAGAUGGAUGACAUGCGCAGCAGCAUGCACUAAGAAAUGUUUUUCUAUGCUGAUCUUUCAACAGGCUGAAUACAAACGCCCUGACGGCCCGUUAUCCCGACAACGCUGCCUGCUGUUCACAAUUCACGUUGCUGCUUUGACAUAUUUACUGUUGCCAUGACGACUACAUACCACGGAUGUUGCGACAUGCACAGAUUUGACAUCACAUCCGGGCUGUAAUGUCAGUAAAUUCGAGUAAAAUACAGACUUUGUUUGUCCCGUGCGAUUAUGGGUAAUUGGAUAAUUCACAAAUUACCAGAGAUCCCCAGGUAAUACUAGUCCCAUUCGAACAGUACAUAUAGCUAAUUUCUCUGUUCAUGUCAACUGUUUGAAUUUUCACCCAUUUAUACUGUAUUAAUGCUUAAAGUUAAGGAUAUUCAAUGACAGUCCAUGGCUCCACAUGUGCUCCUUUUUGCUCACACAUUUCUAUACUUGUUUUUAACAAAUGUAAGAUACCAUAGGUGUCAGAAAGUCCACAUUUUUGACUCAAUAACAACUAGAAGGUUAACAUAAAGAACUCCAGCCUGCACACAGCUGUCAGGACAAAUACGCAUACUGAAUUUAUGAAGCUUAGACAGCCUGAGGCUCAUCGUAGCGUAACGUUUGAGUGCAUUUUUUAACUGUUUUCUACCCUAUCUUUAACGAUACAGUCAUUUGAGGAAUCACUACAGGUUCAGUAUGGAGAGACUGAGUAGUAGCUCUUUUAACCCUGCUGUUGUCCUCAUUUAUGGGCACACAAAAAUAAUGUUUCCUUUUCUGAAAAAAAUCCAAAAAUUCAGAAAAAAAUUCCCCAAAUUUCUGGAAAAAUUGCAAAACCUUCAGGAAGAAAAUUCCAAUAAUUCCUUAAAAGUUUCCCUGAAAAGUUUUAUUUAAAAAAAAAAAAAAAAAUUCCCCAAAUUUGGCAAGAAAAUUCUUGUAAAUAUUUUCAAAAAAUGAGUAAAAAUCUUCCAAACAAAUCCUAAAAAUAUCUAAAGUGAUUACAUAUGUAUCAGUAAAACUUACUAAUAUUAAACUAAUAUUUUCUUGAAGAACAUUCACAUAAAAACCAAAAUCCAGUGAAAUUCGCUGGAUUUUGGUUGAUUUUUUUUCUGAAUGUUUUUUAAGAAACAUUUCUAACAUUUUUUUUCCACCAAAAAAUGUUCAAAGAUUUCCCAAAGAUGUUGAAAAUGUGGACAUCAGAAGUUUCACUGUGAAUUUUUUUUCUCCACAUUUUUAAACUUUAAAACAGGUCAAUUUUGACCCGCAGGACGACAUGAGGGUUAAUUUCCACUGUAUAUGGGAUGUGAAUGUUGUACAGAGAAUGGCUUGAAAAAUCCAAACCUGGCUUUUCACCACGAGGAGAAUCGACAUGAAUGAAAUGACGGUACUUUAACGUGACAGAGGCUGGUCAAACUGGACUACCAGGUGUUCAGGCGCUCCAGGCUCACAAUUAGACAACAGAAACCCUUCAUAUGUUCUGUUUGCUUUGACAAUAGAUAAGAAUGGUGAAGGGCAGCUCUAAAGCCCCAAUAAAAGCCAGAUUCCUUUCAGCCUCUCUGAAAGGAGAUACAGAGGGAGGUGAGAGCGAGGUAUGUGGAGCUGAACAAAUAAUGUUCGUUUCACCAGAGGCAAAACAAGAAAAGCUGCAAAGAAAGAAAGACAAAAAGGACUCAGGUGUGUCUGCUGUCGUAAAAGCUCUGCACACAUUCUGCCCGGGAAGGAAAAAUGAAGCCACAAUUUAAGAAUGAAACGUGAUUGUUUUGUUUUUUGCCGUCUAUUCCUUCUUUUUUCUACUCUGCUCCGGCCUUUAUGUGUGUUUUAUUUUUAGUUUUUGUGUUUGCCACCAGCAAAGUAGAGGGUGGAGUUACCAUGUGAAUGUCAACAAACGUUUCUGAAAUUACUGCAAGAGUGUAGACAUAUUUUUGUUCCAUAUAUUUAUUGAGAAAAUGUAUUUAUUUAUUUAUGUAUUUAUUUAUUUAUUCACCAUGUAUUGUUGAAAGUGUGAUUUUUUUUUUCCUGAAUGGAAAAGCAGGAGACGGGUUAACAGACAGGGAAAUGCCACUUACAAGAUGUCUGCAAAACUGCUUUCCCUGAGAAAAACUGAAAACAAACUCCUCUCCUUUUUUCUUCAACAUUCUGAUAAUUGAUGCUGCAAAAAUACCUUCCAGCUUUAUAUUGUGUUUCUCCCGUUUAGUCUGGAUUUUGUUCAUUUGUCGUCACGUUUACUACCGUAGAUGUUCAACUUUUAUGAAGCUAGACCAAAAUUUCACACACAGCCAGACAUAAGCUUCACGUUUAGGACUCUUUUUUUCUUUUUUUUUUGCAUUAAAACAAAAGGCCAUAACCAGCAGAUACUAAUCAGUGCUGAGUCAUUCACUGUUUCAGCCAUUUGUUUAGGUCGUUUUUCUUUAUUUUUAUGGCGCCUAAGGUAAAAGCGAGCAGGAUUUAGAGCUGCUGGAAUGUUACAGAAUCAUUUUAAAGUCAUCUGUGCUUGUAUGUGUGUCAGUAAGUACAAAACACACACAGGCCUUUAAAAUUCAGUUUCUUUUUCAGCCUAGUUAAAUAAUUCCCCACAGAACAAACCUUAUUUUCAUCUAAAGCCACCAGCAGGUCAAAGUGUUCAUUUAGGCUACAUCCACAACAAUAUGAUUUUCUUUGAAAAUGAAAAACUUCUGCUACAUUUACGCCCAGUGUCCACUAAUCUGUAGUUUCAGGACCCAUAAAACACUGCUAACCAAUCCCUGAUUUAUGCUUCCAUCACGACUAUUUUUCUUAACCUUCCUGCUGUCUUCAUUUACGGAAACCAAAAAAUAUUGCUUCCUUGUCUGAAAAAAAUACCAAAAUUCAGUAAAAAAAAAAAUCCCCAAAUUUCAGAAAAUUUGCAAAACCUCCAGGAAGAAAAUUCCAAUAAUUCCUUAAAAGUUUUAUUUAAAAAAAAAAAAAAAAAAAAAAAAGGCAAGAAAAUUUGUUUCCAAAAAUGAGUAAAAAUCUUCCAAAAAAAAUCCUAAAAAUUUGUAAAAUGAUUACGUAUGUAUUAGUAGAACUUCUAAUCUUUUCUUUAAGAACAUUCACAAAAAACUUAAAUUUUUUUGUGAAUGUUCUUAAGAAACAUUUUUAACAUUUCUUUUUUUCCACAGAAAAAUGUUCAAAGAUUGUAGUUUAUAUAUGUAAUCACUUGAGAUAUUUUCAGGAUUUUCUUUGAAGAUUUUUACUCAUUUUUUCAAAAUAUUUACAAGAAUUUUCUUGCCAAAUUUGGGGGAUUUUUUAAAAAUAAAACUUUUAAGGGAAACUUUUAAGGAAUUAUUGGAAUUUUCUUCCUGAAGGUUUUGCGAAUUUACAGAAAUUUGGGGAAUUUUUUUUGCUGAAUUUUUGGAUUUUUUUCAGACAAUAUUUUUUGGUGCCUGUAAAUGAGGACAACAGGAGGGUUAAUCAUCCAAACAAGCACUAAACAUUCCUAAUUCACUUUGGCUAGUCUUGUUGCACACCUGCACAUGAACGGAAAUCAUUUUAUUGGCCAGUUUCCUCAUUUUUGUGCUUCAGCAUCCUUGAAUUUGUUUGCGCAGGGGAUUAAAAUUCAAAUGCAAACUUAGACCUUUCAUAAUAUCCUGUCUGAUGAGUACAUCAUGAGGAUUUGGCUUGGUUUUGGAAUAGUUUUUGAAGGCUUUUGGGGGAACUCUUUGCCUGUUCUUCUUCUUUUCUGAGCCUUGGUAGAUGUAAUCGAGAGGGAUUUUCAGUCUGUGCUGUGUUUCAACCUUAGAUUUACUGUUGAUGUCUGAUUUUUUCCUUGUUUCUGCCGUAGUCCGAGGCUUUCUCUUCCCAUCCCGCUGCUAACGGUGGACACCUGUAGGAGAAUCCAGCAGUGAGAUGCACACUUCUGAAAGGUCAGGGAGGUUUAAAGUUACACACACACAUGAAAGAGAGGAUCUUUUUUUAAACACAAGGUCAGUUUCAUCCCUUACAUCCACCCUUAGAAAGAAGCUAGUUAAAGGAUAGAGACAAGGAAGACACAGAAAGACGGCUUCUCCAGGUUUCUGCGUAGAAAUCAGAGACACAACGGGACGCUCGGCUAGUUUACGCAACACUCUCCCAUUGAAAGAAAUCUCACCCCUCCCUUCCUCAUCCCUCCUUUACCCCCUAUUCACCCUUUCACUCGAUAUUUUCUACACCCCCCUCCCAUUCCUCCUCUUUGUAUUUCUUGAAUCCACGCCCAUCCUUGUCCCUGAUGCACAUAUGUCUCCCCCUUAUAUAAUCACCCCUCUUGUAUACAUUUUAUACACUGUAUACUUUGACACAGAUGCUGUGUACGUCUGUAUACGCCGUGCCUGUCUCUGUCUCCAUUGUAUGCCAUUCAUAUCUAUGUAGCGUUCACUAUGUUUUAUCGACACUGUAGUCACCCAUACGACUCUUCCUCUCAUCGUUAUUGCUCAUUCUUCUUCCUCUUCUUCUGCAGUUAGAACCGUACGACUAUAAUCUCACGUCUCAUGUCUACCGCCCGUGUUCCCCUCCAUCCGACCACACAAGCCCCGCCCCCAUCUUAUGACCCUCCACUCCACGCGGUAGAAGAAAGGUUUUGAACUCUGAAAAAACAACAAAAGAAAGAAAUGGAGGGAGGAGGAGGUGCGUAGGGGAGGGUGGGUCGAGAAAACUGCUCACACGAUUAAUGAUGACGACGACGAAGAGAAAUGUCUGUAGUAUAAUUACAAAAAAGGAAAAGUGCACUAUUAUGACAAUGAUUAUUAUUGCCUGUGAGAAAUACUGACCAAUAAACAACAAUGGAAAUAUACGCCGGUGUCCUUGUUCGGUUUCACGGCAUGAAAAUCCACAGUUACUAUUCUUAGUUGGAACGGUGGCAAGACUGAUAUUAUAGUUAGCAUCUUAGUUCAUUUAUUUACUUCCUGCAGUCAGUUGAGCCGUUUGAUACAGGUAUGCAAUACUAUGCAAACCCCAAAUGUAUCAAAGUUUCUAACACAGCUUUUCCAAACAUCCUAGUUUUAUUUUGGAUGCUUACAUUAUUUUACUUUGCACACAGAAACAAAAUUUUUCAACAAAAAACAAAAGUACCAGGGUCAAAAUUAUUAGCCCCCUUGAUACUAAUAGUCAAUUGUGUUUCCUUUUUGCUGGAUAACAGCUUGCAGUUGUUUUUUUGUAGUUUGUAACAACUCUGACAUCUCCGGAGGAAUCCCAGCCCAUUCUUCUUUGGCAAACCUUUCAAGCUCCUCCAGAUCUGAUGGUCUUCUGGCAUGGACCCUGGUCUUCAGUUGACCCCACAGGUUUUCAAUGGGAUUCAAGUCAGGGCUUUGUGCAGGCAAGUCUAUAACAUUCACUUUGGCCUUCUGGAGGUAGAUCUUCACCAGGAACGACGUAUGUUUUGGGUCGUUGUCAUGUUGGAAGACAAAGCGGCGACCCAGACCCAGUUUAGCUGCUGACUGCUUGAGGUUUUCUUUCAAAAUCUUCAUAUGUCCUUCUUUUUUCAGGAUUCCUUCAACCUUGACAAGAUUCACUGAAGCAUCCCCACAGCAUGAUACUACCACCACCGUGUUUAACUGUGAGGACAGUGUUCUUUCUCCAAACAUUAGCAACAUCUCUAUGGCCAAAGAGCUCUAAUUUGGUCUCAUCUGACCAAAGGACACAGGGGGUAAUUUAGUUUUCAACUGUAUCUGAGGCAAAUGAUGGUGAGGAAUUUGUUUCACGAGAUUCAUAAAUCAGAUCAUUUAAAAUCAGAAUGGGAUCACAAUGACAAAUUAAAGCUGCAAGCAGCGUUGGACGGGUCCUCGCAUCCAUGCUCGUCGUCGAAUCCACGCACGUCCACCAGGUGGCGCUGCGACCGAGAGUGUAUAUUGGCCUAUGGAUGUGAUCACGUCCGCACUCUGAUGACACAUAUAACAUUUCAGGCAGAUCGGACCAUGUCCAGGCUAGUUAUAGAGCUUUUCCUUCUAUCCACCAGGUGGCGCUAUGACUGUGGCUGUAUUUCAGCAUGUGAAUGUCAUCAGGGCGGGACUCUGAUCAUACAUGUAAAGUUUGAGGCAGAUUAGAGUAUGUUUAGGGCAGUUACACAGCAGUUGAUGUGUCAUGUCGAAGCAUCAAAGUUUGGGAGCCUGCCAUGGCCACGCCCUCAGACUUUUGUGGAGCAUUUUGAUAACUUUUGAUCACCCAUGCCUGGAGUACAUCCUGGCUGAAUUUCAUAUCUGUCGGUGUUACCCUGUUUGAGUUGAUAGCUUUUCAAAAUGUCUAAAAAUGACCCAAAAUUGAAGGUUGGUGUUAAAUUCUAGAAAGAAGAAGAAGAUUAAAGAAAGAAAAUACAUAAAAAAGAAGCAAUUAAAUAAAUGGGAAAAAGUUAAGACAAUUAAACUUUUAUAAAGUAUGGGGGGAAAAAAGAUGUAAGAAAUUAAAGAAUUGUAUUUAAUAAAUAAACAGGAAAUUUGUAAAUAAGUGUUGUAGUCUUUUGCAGUUAAUUGAUGGAUAGGCGUAGUGAGAGACAGCCAGACAAUGGGGUAGAAAUAAGAAUGAGAACAACUAAUAUAGCACAGGGUUGCGAGCGGGAAUCGAACCAGGGCCUCAGCAUUGAGGACCAACUACAUGCGUCAGUGGCUUAACCCGCAGAGCUAUAUGAUCACACAUGUUGGCUGUCAGCAAAGGUGUAUCAAUCCAAUAGAAAGUCUAGGGGUAGGGUUCGGGUUACAGAGGAAGGUCCUGACAGUAGCAAUGUACCAAAAACAUGGAUAUAAAAUUAUACAUUUUUUCAUAAUUUAAUAUUAAGUCACACUAGCCAAAAAAUUCUUAGAAUAAAGUUGGGGUUUUUCCUUCAGCCGUUGUGGUUGUACUGUACCUUUAGGUUAUCUAGAUCUACAACGGCUGAAGGAAAAACCACGGAUUAAUUUCUCAGAAUAUUCGGCUGCUUAGUAUUAACAUUAAAAAUAUUUAUGUGUAAUAUUAAUUACCCUAUUUUUUUCAUUACAACUGUAAGGACCUUCCUCUCCAACCCUAACCCUACCCCUAGACUUUCUAUUGGAUUAAUACACGUUUUCAAGACCAGAACAUGUGUGGUCAUGUAGCUCUACGGGUUACGCCUGUGAUGUUCAGGACUCAUUCUUGUAUUUUACACUCUCUGAUGUUUUCUUUUCUUCAUGUCUAGUGUGUGAAUCAUUUCUGGUUUGUCUCUUGAGUGUCUCAUGUGGCCCUGCAGCUUCUCCUCCUCCACCUCCUCCUGAAGCCUUCAUCUUUUUCAUCAUCAGCUGCUCAGUGACUCUGUUGGACGUCUCACCGUGUGGCAGCAGCUCAGGAGUUUGCAGUCAACCAAGGCCGACUCAGAAUCACUCCCACCGGGAAGAUCUGUGAAGGAAGGUCCACCCGGCUGGUCCAGAAGCUCCGGUCCAGCAGAGCAGCGUCAGAAUGGAGACGUAACCGGUGUUGAUGUCACCGCCUUGACGAAUAGAAGAAAAGGGCAAAAUUUGCCAAAAAUCUUCGUGCCAGGGCGCCCGUGUGGCUUGGCGCGUUGGGCGGGCGACCCAUGUGCGGGGGCUGGUCCCCGGCGCGGCUGGCCCGGGUUCGAUUCCCGCUUGCGGCCCUUUGCUGCGUGUCUUCCCCUGACUCUUCUCCUGUUUCCUGUCUCUCUCACACUGCACCUAUCCAAUAAAGAGCCGAUAAAAGGCCAAAAAAAAAUAACUUUAAAAAAAAAAUUCGUGCCUUCGUGCCUUCGUGCCUUCGUGCCUUCGUGCCUUCGUGCCUUCGUGCCUUCGUGCCUUCGUGCCUUCGUGCCUUCGUGCCUUCGUGCCUUCGUGCCUUCGUGCCUUCGUGCCUUCGUGCCUUCGUGCCUUCGUGCCUUCGUGCCUUCGUGCCUUCGUGCCUUCGUGCCUUCGUGCCUUCGUGCCUUCGUGCCUUCGUGCCUUCGUGCCUUCGUGCCUUGCUUAUUGGUAAAUCUCCUUGUUUUCCUUUUUUCCAGGAUCCGAUCCGAUCCAGUCCAGUCCAGUCCAGUGACACUCCACACCACAGCGGGGAUUCGAACCGUGACCAUCCACAUGACAGACACACACCCUCUGUGUGAGCUAUCUGUCACACAAGGUCCCUGGUGGAGUUUGUUGUAAUGAUGGUUGCAAGAGGUUGUCAUGCAGCCAAAGUGUAAAAAGAGCCUUGAGCUGAAUUCAAACCAAGGACCUCCUGGAUGAGAGGCAGAUAACUUACCACUGCGCUAUCCUUCCUACUGGGUGUAGCUGUUAGUUUUCGUAAAUGAUGGUACACAAAAGUAUUAAGGAAGUGAAGAUAAUAAAGGUACUAAGGUACCGGGGAGGCAAAAAACUUACCUCUACACCACCUGUCCUACAAGAUGUUGCUCUAACUUUGCUUAAAUGAUGCUAUCAAUUAGUACUGGCGCAACCAAACGACAAAUAAAAGGUGUGAGUGGAGAUCUGAAUCAUGUGAGGUUUGUUUCUGAGACUGAAUACACCUGAGCUCAUCUGAUCUGCAAAGCUAAGCAGGGUUGGACCUGGUUAGUAUUUGGAUGGGAGACUACCUGGGAAUACCAGGUGCUGUAAGCUUUUUACUUCUCCUCACAACCUCAACAACACACUGCUAGCGACAGCUAUCAACUAAAACCUCUUGGUUUCUUUAUUAUACACUCUAUGAGGUGGAUAAGCUGCAGCUCAUGCUGAUUUAUUGCUGCUUCUGGUUGGAGCCAAAGAACAAAGGCUUCACCUGUUGGAGCAGCUGAUGUCCUGCAGCCUCUUCACCACAGAAAGCCUCUGACAGCUUCAAUUCUUUACACUCUGACUGCAAGACACCAAUCACAUAGGAACAUUUACAUGUAUGGAACAAAGAGCUGAGCUGACACUCAACAUAUGUUUGAGCAUUUAUUGAUAAAGACAUUCAAACAUGUCUAGAGAUAGAACACCAACGCACGGUGUAAGAAAGGUCAGAACAGACUUCACCUGCUCAGGAAACUGAGGUCCUUCGGGGUGCAGGGAGCAAUUCUGAGGACCUUUUAUGGUUGUGUGGUGGUAUCAGCCAUCCUGUAUGGACUGGUCUGCUGGAGCAGCAGCAUCACGGCUGCAGACAGGAAGAGACUAAAGAAACUGGUUAAGAAAGCAAGCUCUGUCCUGGGCUGGUGGUAGACAGGAGGAUGAUGACAAAGCUGUUGUCUAUCAUGGAGGACAUCUCCCACCCCCUGCAGGAAACAGGACCAUCACCGGCAGCUCCUUCAGGGACAGACUGCUUCACCCACGAUGUUUGAAGGAGGUCCUUCCUUCCUGCAGCAGUCAGACUGUGUUCAAUCAAGCCUGCUCCCAGUAGUUCAGAUCACCCAUGAAGUAACUGCAAUAAAAUGUAAAUAAGUCAAUAUGUGCAAUUUCACAGGGUUUUUUUUUUUUUACAAGCAUUUCUAUUUCUUCUCUAAGGAGAAAGCAUCUAUUUAUAUCUGUGCACUGAGUGCUGCUUUUUUUUUUUUUUUAACUUUUUUUCCUAUCUGCUACUGCCACACUAAAAAUUUCCCCACUGCAGGAUCUACCUAUCCAUCCAUCUAUCUAUGGUCCAUCUACCUCCCUACCUAUCUAUCCAUCCAUCCAUCCAUCCAUCCAUCCAUCCAUCCAUCUAUCCAUCCAUCCAUCCAUCCAUCCAUCCAUCCAUCUAUCCAUCCAUCCAUCCAUCCAUCCAUCCAUCUCUCUCACAGGUGUAGGGGUUGAUUCACCUGUUCUCAAUCACCUUAAUCCACAAAGGCCCGGUUCUUCAUUCUUCCGCUCUCUGCCAGACCACAGACUUUGAAACCAGAACCUUUCUCCUACAAUUAGUCUGGUUUCCCCUUUUUGUUUUCACCUUGGUUUAGUUAUCCUUUCUGUGUUGGUUUUAGUUUCAUUCGUUAAAUAAACUCCUUGUAAUCUUUGACCUGUGUCUGCAGAUGUCCUGUGACACCAAUGAUCCCAUCUGAUAUUUAGCAUGUUUUCAAUUAUUGGUCCCAUUUCUUAAAAAAAAAAAAAAAAAAAAAAAAAAAGCCCCCUGAAA